AUCAAUCAACAGUGAAGUCUCUCGCUCUAAACACACGGAUUUUGGUCUAAUUCUGCGGACGAAUGAUGAAGGUUCUUGUUUUCUGUGCUAUCUUAGUCGUCACAUCGGCAGACAGAAGACAACCAAGCAAUGGGUAUGGUGCUCCGCCAAGUGCUCCAAGCAAUGGUUAUGGAGCUCCACCAAGUGCUCCAAGCAAUGGGUAUGGUGCCCCACCACCAUCUCCAAGCAAUGGGUAUGGACCUCCACCAAGCAAUUCUUAUGGACCUCCAAGGAACGGCUACGGAGUAGAUCCUCUUGCUGCCUUGGCAGAAAAUAUUCCCGGUGGUGGUAUUCCUGGUGAAGAUUAUCCCGUCUUGGCCUCUGUUCCUGACACUGGAUUCGACUGCAACGCCCAGAAUGUCCCAGGUUAUUAUGCCGACACUGACCCUGAAGCUGGCUGCCAGGUCUUCCACAUCUGCCAGGACAGGCCCAAUGGACGCCGUCAGCAGGACUCCUUCCUCUGCCCCAACGGCACCAUCUUCAACCAACAGUACCUCGUCUGUGACUGGUGGUUCAACUUCGACUGUGCUGACGCAGAAGACUUCUACUCAGUCAAUGAGCUCAUUGGAGUCGUUCCUUAUGGAUAUGGGAAAAGUAAUGGCAAUGGAUACGGUUCCAAUGGAAAUGGUAAUGGCAACAACGGCUAUGGUUCCAAUGGAAAUGGUAAAGGAAACAACGGCUAUGGUUCCAAUGGAAAUGGUAAACAAAAUAACGGCUAUGGCUCUAAUGGAAAUGGCAAUGGAAACAACGGCUAUGGUUCCAAUGGAAAUGGUAAACAAAAUAACGGCUAUGGCUCUAAUGGAAAUGGCAAUGGAAACAACGGCUAUGGUUCCAAUGGAAAUGCUAAACGAAACAACGGCUAUGGCUCUAAUGGAAAUGGCAAUGGAAACAAUGGCUAUGGUUCCAAUGGAAAUGGUAAACGAAACAAUGGCUAUGGCUCUAAUGGAAAUGGCAAUGGAAACAACGGCUAUGGUUCCAAUGGAAAUGGUAAACAAAACAACGGCUAUGGCUCUAAUGGAAAUGGCAAUGGAAACAACGGCUAUGGAUCUAAUGGAAAUGGCAAUGGAAACAACGGCUAUGGGUCAAACGGCAACGGCAAAAGAAACAAUGGCUAUGGUUCCAAUGGAAGCCGAAAUGGCAAGAAAAACGGUAACACCAAAAGGAAUGGGAAUGGUAACGGUUAUGGUUUCAAUGGGAAUGGGGCUGGUGUUUCCCCUGAUGAAAUUUAUGGACCACCUGUUGCCCCUAGCAAUGGCUAUGGAGCACCUGCUGCCCCUAGUAAUGGCUAUGGAGCACCUGUUGCCCCUAGCAAUGGCUAUGGAGCACCUGUUGCCCCUAGCAAUGGCUAUGGAGCACCUGUUGCCCCUAGCAAUGGCUAUGGAGCACCUGCUGCUCCCAGUAACGCCUAUGGAGCUCCUUUUUAAGUAAACUUUCCUUUACCAUUUGACUGUCCUACGAUUCUCGCCCGAACUUCAUCCUUUACAAAACAGUGUUAUACUAUCAUUAUAAUUAAUAUAUUUAUGUACA